AUGGCCUGGAGGAUGCUGAUCGAGCGGCACCUUGUUCCAGUGACCGAGAGGCGUGUGGGGCGAUUUGAUGAAUAUUUGCACGUUCUUGCGUCCCCCGUGGUAGUGAGUCUAGUGGAAGCCUGGAGACCUGCGCUGGAGAAAAUGUUCGCGGUGUACUCUCGCCUUGACGCAGCGAUGGGGUACGCGACAUCUGAUACGGCGGCCUCCAUUCUGGAGCAGGCCAGCAACACCAUGAGCUACGCAGAAUUCCUGCAUUUGUGCGCAGAGAAGCGCGUUGCUCCGGAGCUUGUGAACAUAAAGGAGCUCGAAGGGGUUUUCAGGCGCACCAACGCACCAUCCAACAGCGGCAAGGAAGACAUGAUACAGGAUAUGAACUACCAAGAAUACGUGGACGCUCUGUGCCUCAUCGCACUUUAUGUGUAUUCCAAGCCUGCUUUCAGCCGUCAAAAUAACAUGCCGGCACAAAAAAUCGAGGCCUUCUUCACAUACAUAGGCCUCAAGAAGCCGACUGAAGGCCAGGGACAACCUGAAACCCAAAAAGUGCUGAAAGUGCCACAAACCGUGGACCCCUAUGCGGAGUGGUGGGGAAUGAAAUUUGAUGACAACAACGGAACCGAACUGGGGCCAGACCACAUCCCAUCACUGAUUCUCGAGUCUGCCAUUCCUCCAGAAGCAUGCCCUCCCGAGGUUGGUGCCAUUCUAGAAGCCGCUUUCGAAGCGCACAACGACUCCAGACUAGAAGAAUCUCUGGGCAAGUACGCGGAGGCGAAAGAUAUGUGGCUAGACGUCGUGAAGAGGGAAAAACUCUCCCCUAACGGCGUCCUUCCGGUGGAAGAGAAGCUCUACUUCGCGGUGGCAUGCGGUGGCGUUCACCAAAGCGGCGGGCAGUACGCGAAGGCCAUGGACCUGUACCAGGAGGCCUUCCAGGAGGUGAGCAUCCCGGUGCUGAUGCAAGGGGUGUCUACGGAGCACCAUAGCAUCGCCUCCGUGGAACGAACCGCCCUUGCAUGGCCCUUAGUGUCCAGGAGUUUUUCAAUUGGCGCAGUUGGGAAGCAGAUGAACGCCCUAAUUUGGCAGUGCAUUAGGUGUCUCAAUUUUUGUUGA